AUGGCUAAUCUUGGUGCUGUUGGUGUUAAUAUUAAAUCCGCUUAUUUAUUCGACCAGUUUGUAAUUUUAAAUCAAAAUGUGUUGAACAAAGGUGCAAGUAUGAGUGAACUUAAAAAUCUGUGCAAAAGUGCAAGAACACCAAAAUCCUACCGAAGCAGCCAUCUCAAACCUGCUACCCUUAAAAAGCUAGGUUAUGUGUCAUCAGUUAUGAUUGUUUUUAUUACAUUUUUAAGUGUUUUAAUCAGAUUACCAUUACUCGAUGGUAUGAUGAAAAGUGCUCUCGGUAUAAGAUGUUUUUUACCGAACAAUUACUUUGUGUGGGAAGCCACUCGACCAGUUGCAGACUGUAACAUUUGCAGAGGUGUAAAUGAAGUUUUAGUGCUUCCAAAUAUUACAAGAGAAGAAUUCUUCACAUAUGCUUAUUCAUACAAACCCAUAUUGGUUAAGGGGGCUGCAAAACAUUGGCCAGCAGCAAACUCCUUUUCUUUCCACUUCUUUAAGUCGAUGUUUGAAAACAUUGAAGGAGCAUAUGAAAGUACGGAAGAAGACUGCCAAUUUCUAACUUUCAAGACAGAUUUUCUGUCCCUCAGGGAUGUGUUUUCUAUGCCCAAAUCAAGAGUAAAACUCAAAGACGGAGAAUCUUCGUGGUACGUUGGAUGGAGUAACUGCUAUCCGCCCGUGUUGGAAGUGAUGAGGCAAUAUUACAGUCGCCCGCACUUCCUCCCGGCCGAUGCGGAGCAUGCCCAUGUCGACUACAUCUUCAUGGGAUACCAGCAGGGCGCUGUCAUGCACCUGGACUACAUCAGUCGGUUAAUGUGGCAAGCACAACUACAAGGUCACAAGACAUGGAGACUCAACCCACCUCCAGAGUGUGAAGACGUCUGCACAGGCUUCCAGUUCAAGGUCGAACCUGGAGAUAUAUUCCUACUAGAUACCAGACAAUGGUAUCACGACACCUUCAUAGAAGAAGGUGAAUUCAGCCUUACGGUGAGCUCGGAGUAUGGAUAGAUCUCCAGUUUUAGUUACAAGUUUUACUAUGUAUAUAGUAUUUUGCUGUUUUUAUUUAGUUAGUGUAUGUGUUCUGUAACUUGUCUUUCAAAUGUUAAGCAUUAGGUUAGUUGAAACCCGAGUUUGUAUGUAUUUACAAACCUCAUUAAGUUAAUUGUUGCUAAUUUGUUUACAGUAUUCGUACUGUAGUUUUAAUUGUUUCCAUUUGCUAUUUUAGUUUAAAAUCUUAAGGCUGCUAAAUAUUUAGUUUAGAAUCAGUAGGCCCUAUUUAAAAGAUUGUCAUGCUUUCAAAAAAGAAGACAAGAUUUUUUCCCACACAAAAUUAUGUUCUACGCAUGUUUUUAUAUGAUAUUUUAUUAUUUUCAAUAUUUUAAAAUGUUUUAAUUCAGCGUAAUAUUUUAGUAAAUUAUCUACUGCCAUGUUCUUCCACAAAACAUCUUGCAAGUUCACAGAAAUAAUUUCUGAUCAAACAAAUGUCUUCCUUCAAAUAAUCAAAAAGUUAUUCUUAUUGAAAUUUGACAUUCCAUAAAUAGUAUUAAUUACUUCCCAUAUUUAUUUAGUAUUAAGAAUUGUAAAAAAAUCUACAUUCAGAAUUCAAACAAAGCAUGUAUUACUGUAGGUUGUAGAUAAUUUUUAUUCCAAUUUUAGCUUUUAUUAUUUAUUAAUGGUUGUUUAGUGCUUUAAUGUAUUUUAAAUACAUUUAUUAAUAUUCUUUCAAUCCAAGCUAAGCUU